AUGAUUACCAAUACGAACGCACUGAUAUUACCGAAGGACCAAUGGAAAAGGAUUAAUAAGACUUUAACCAAAAAAGAUGACAAUAGGGCUGCACUAGAAGAAAUAAAACGGUUAAAUGAUGAACGGAUGGCUAAAUCCAAAGCAAUAGCCGAAACAUGGAACAAUCCUAAUAACGUAUAUUAGCGUCUUCUUCUCUUAAGUUAAGCUUUAUCCCUAAUAUAAAAAUGUAUCUAAAAUAAUAAAUAUCUACUUAAUAGUACUCUUUAAAUUCUUGUUAGUAAUAAUAUUUGUACUUACUAAUGCUUGAAUUUCUUGUUUCAUUUCAAGUUUUUAUUUUUUAUAAACUCAACACCGUAAUAAAUGUACCCGCCCUGACGUGAUUUUGCUUAAAACUCCGGUUUUCGAUUUAAAUUUUGACAUAAACUUGCAUUUGAGUUUUAGGCAAGCGAAUCGAGCUAAGGUUACAUCAUAAUCGAGUGAAAUUCGCGGUGGGGCUACAUAAAAAACAAGUAUUCAUAAUUUAUGGGUAUAAUAUAUCGAGCACGUGCACAUUUUUUUAUUUUGUUAAGAACUGGGGAGAUUAAGGUUAAAUCACGUAAUUUUCGUUACUUUAUAAAACACAUAAAUAUAUUUAACUAUUUUUUUAAUGCGUUACAAUACUACACACACAUGGUGUAUACGGUACUUACCGAUAAAUGAUGACAAAAAUCUAAUUAAAUGUGACACUAUUUUUUAUAAAUUAGAACGAAAGGGGAAGGGCAAUGGAAGAAAAGAAGAAAUUGUUGGCAGACAUCGAAGCCGCACACCUGAAAAGGGACGAGGAGAGGAGACUUGAAAUUUUAGAGCGCAGAAAUAUGAUUAUAGAAAAGGCACGAUUAAAUAAAUGGUCAGAGAAAGAUUCUACAAAAACGCUGUCCAGAAGAGUGAAAAUGAUAGAGGUGUUUAAUAACAAUAAUAUUGAUUUGCACAUUGAUCAUUAAAUUUGUUUAUAUAGGUGUAUAAAGAGAGAGAUCUACAGAUGGAAUUCAACAAGAAAGAGAGAGAAAGUAAUACAGAAAAGGAGCGAUUAUUGCAUGCAGAGCAGAACUUGGAUGCAGAACGAUACAAAAAAGAACGAUGGGAACAAAAACUACAAGAUGCAAAAACCAAAAAGGAUAAAUCGGCUAUUUUAUUAAAACAGUGAGAUAGUAAAAAUAUUUAAAACAAAAAUAUACCGUGAUUUAAACUAUAGAGGUAUCAAUUUUCGAUAACAGAUAUUAUCUCUCGAGAAGAUUAAGGAUUAACUUCUUUCAAUUUAUUUUGAACGUUUUAAGAAACAAGCAGCUCUAAAAUGUUACAUAAAAAUUGUUUUUAAGGUAAAACCUAACCUAACUGAGCUCAGUAUGUCAGAAUUCAAAACUUAUUAUCUAAUACCUUCUAUCAUUUUUCAAGUGUCCUUCAAGGAGCGGUUUUCUUUCCUCUUCAUAAGCUCUACCUGUCCCGUACUCACUAUUUUCUAUUUAAAUCUGUGUUUAAAAGGGGGGGUUCCUAUUUGAAAAUCAAAAGUAUGUACUUAUUUAAUGUACAUGGAAUAAGGAAAAAACUUAAAAAUGGCUUUAAAAUAAAGCUUAAAUAAUUCCAUAAUGAUUUAAAAAAACAUAAAUCAAAUUCACUUAAAAUACUUUGAGAUAAUUGCUGGUUCAUGAUAGAAAAUAUCACCCUGUAUAAACUACAUAGUUGAAAAAUAGUUGUGAACUAGAAAUUAACUUUUAGACAGAAGUUGUAUGGAUGUCAACAAGUAGGUAUGCAAUAUGGGUGUCAUGAUUUCAAUUUGUAUUUUAUUUAAAACUAUGUCUGGCCAUGCCUAAUCAUAAUAGGCAAUUUCAGAUAUCUCACUUAUAAACAAGUCUAUAUAUAAACCAUCAAUGAGUUGUUUACAUUCCAUUAUUAUAAGAAAACUUUUUCUCGUUCUUACAAAAAAGGAAUUUGUUAAAUUUACUGGCACGAAAAAAAAAUCAAAUCAAAUCCAAAAUAUUAUGAUUUUAUAUUAUUACUAAGUACAGUAGUAUGUAUGUCGUGUUGUAAUAUUGUAUAGUUAAUUUUGUAAUAUAUUUCUAUUAUUUUAUUCUGUAAUUUAGAUUAAAAGAACGAGAAGUUCAAAGACACGACGAAGAUAUUAAACUAAAAGAAGAUGGCAAACGAGAAUUAGAAAAGAUUGCGAGAGAAAUAUAUGAAGAAAAAGAAAAGGAAAAGGCGAAAGUAUAAUAAAUAUUUUUAUAUUUUUGAUUGAUAUAACACUUUUUUCUUUUUAGAAUCAGGCAGUAAAAGAGAGUAUGUUGAUAAAUUUGGCUGACAAUCGAGAAAUCAUAGUAAACAAAAAUAAGAUAAAUCAAUUGAAAGAACAGGAAGAAGAUGCAGUUUUUAAAAUAAUAGCAGAUUCAAAAAAAGAAAUGGCUGCGACUAGAAAAUUCAGGGAAAAUGAAGUAAACUGUAUAUUAUGUAUUCAUGUAGACAAUUAUUAAUAGUUAUAAUUGUUCGUCUAGUUGUUGAAAGAAAAAAAGUUAGCGGAAAAAAAGGCCGAAAUUUCAGUUAAAAAACAACAAGAACAAUUAAAUAUUAAAAAUCUCGCAAUGCAGAAAGCUAUGGACGAAAUCGAGGCGAAGUUCGUAUAAAUAUUAUUUCUAUUUUGGUCGUUUUUAAAAUAUACACGCCGUUGUUAUAUAUAAUUAAUGAUGGUUUAGAUAUCAAACAAAACAAUCCCAGAAAGAAGAGUUGGCGAAACAAAUGAAAAAAGACCUCAAGGACUUUAAAAAAGCAUACGACGAGGAAACUUUAAAUGAAAAAAAACAAUUAGAACUAAGCCGUAAAUGGGAACUGGAAAGGUGGCAACGAGAGUCGAAAGUCUUAGAUGAUCAUAAAAAAUUAGAAAAACAAGCUAAGAUUAAUAAGAUGAAUGACUUUCGAAAGAACCUCGAUAUACAGUCUGUAAGAUUUCGGCGCCAAAACAUUGAAUUUAUAAUAAUAUUAAUUUAUGGUCGAAAAUAAAACAAAAAUUAUACAUUAUAGGAAAAUAACAGAAUAGCUAAUAUGGCUGACAAACAAGCUAUGCUGAAAUACAGAGAUGAUCUCAUAAAACUAUUGAAACGAGAAGACGAUGAGUUUAUGUCCUACGCUAAGAGUUUAAUAGAUAAAUACGAGAAAGCGGGAUUAUCAGUCAUCCCAAUAUUUCAAGCUAUGAAGGUGAUACAUAUAUAUAUAUAUAUAUUUCAUACAAUUUAUCAAUAUUUUUAAAAACAAAUACGAAUUAGCUAGUUUUAUUAAUAUUAACUAAUUUUAUUAAUUUUUGUUAAUUUAUAUAUAGAAAUAUAAUAAUAGGUAAUUUUUUUUUUUUCAGGACUAUGUUAAAUUGACAAAUAAUUGUUUAUGAAAAUUUGUCACCUUUUUGCUUUUUUGGGUUCAACUACACGGACAUUACACAAUGAAUAAAAAUUAAUUUAUGUGUACAUAAUAAAUGACUUCACAGUCACAUAAGUAUUAGGUAUAUAAAAACAAUGUUAAAUAUUAUACAAUUUAUUUAUGAAAAAAUUAUCUUUCUGUGGGAGAAGAUUAAAAUGCUCCCACAGAACCUCUACCUACCGUAAGAGGCAACAAAUGGGAUUGAGAUAAGUCAAUAACCUAAGAAAUUCAAUCCAAGAAAAUGCUAAUGAAAUUUAAAGUUAAGUUCUAAAAAAGUGUGGCGAGACUGACGAACUAUGGUGUGUAGCAGUGCAAUAAUUUGGAUGAGUAGAGUGACGAGAGAAGAUAGAUAAAUAAUGAGUACUUAAAAGGAAGAUUAGGCGUGGUUUCAAUAGUUAAUAAAAUGAGAGAAAAUAGAUUAGGAAGAUUUAGACAUGUCAUGGGGAGAAAGGAAUUUGAAGCAAAAGUAAUUGUAAUGUUGUAUAUUGGAUCUAGUGCCGAGUAAAUCAUUAUUUGAUCAUUCCAAGUAUUUUCAUAAUAAUUGAGAAAAACCAGAAAAGUGUAAAAUGAAAACUGACAAAUUUAUGACGUUACCAAAAAUAUUGCUCAAAUACAAAAAUGCAAAGAAACAUAUUUUGUUAUAUUCUGAAUCUAGUUGUAAAAUGAAUCCAUUUUUUAAUUUCCUUGUAGAUUUCAUAAUAUUAAGCAAUGUUGGGGAAACCAUAGAAAUAACAGGAAGCUACGGGAAUAAUAAUUUCAUUAUUUCAAUUUUAUUUUUUGUUGUAAUUCAGUUAAUUAUAUUUGUAGACUGGGAAAUUUAAUGUGGUAAAAUAUUCAAAAGUCCAAAAAUAUUUUUGACUUAAUAAUAUUAAUAUUUUAAUAAUAAUUAAUUGAUAAAUUAUAUAAUUAAAAAAAAAAAACCGAACCUAACCUAGUGUGCCUUUUGCUAAAUGUUUAAUAGCAAUAAAUCCAAAUUUUCCUUAGCCGGUUCCUAAUCUAAAUGCAAUAGUUUUACUAUUAUUUGAGGUGAAUUGUAAUCUAGAAUAUAUUAACUUUAUAUCUUAAGUUGGAUUCUUGUUAUUUAUUCAAUACACAAUUUAAGUUUAAAUUUAUUUGUAUAAUACUUUGCUUAAAAUCGACAAGCAUUUUCUAAUAGGAAGACUGAUUUAUGCAUAUGGCAACGCAUACACAAAAGUUUUUUUUUUAAAUUUUUAUAUUGAAUAAAAUUAGCAAUUUAGUAAAAAUAAAUUCUAUAUUAGUUUUAAAAAAAUUCUUUAAUAAAACAAUCAUAUUUAUAGGUUUGGAAGUUUGAGCGCAUUUUUUUUUUUUCAGGGAACAUUUGGUGUCAAUUUAUCAGAUGUAUUGGAAUUUGUAAAAGAAAGUGUUUUUGAUGAAGAACAACCAUUUAAUUUGAGACUAUGCAAUAGAAAAAUGUUUAGUCCUGAAGAUGAACAUAUGACUUUAAUUGAAUUAAGCUUAGCACCUUCUUCUAUUUUGCUGUUUACUAACGAUCCACCUAUUAGCGAUCAGGGUCACCCUUAUUUGAAAGANUCCAUACAUGACCGGCCCAUGCCAUUCUCCUAUUUUUUAAUACUGCUACUAUGUCUGGCUCUUUAUAUAAUUGUUGUAUUUCUAUAUUAUUUUUUUUCUCAUAUUGUCGUGUCAUGCUAUUUAUUUUUGGCCCAAAUAUUCUUCUUAAUAUUCUUCUUUCGAGUAUUGCUAAUUUGUCUUCGUCUCCUUUAGUCGUUGGCCAUGUUUCACACGCACAUAAAAGGACUGGUCUGAUAAUUACCUUGUAUAUUAUAAUUUUUGAUUUGAGUGAUACCUGUUUUGAUUUUAGUAUACUCGUUACUCCGUAAUAGCAUUUAUUUGCUGCACUUAGUCUUAUUUUAAUUUCAUCGUGAUUAUUAUUUUUGCUAUUUAUUGUAACACCCAGGUAUUUAAAAUUUUGCACUCUUUCAAAUUUAUAAUUCUCAACUUCUAAAUUUUCCUCGUGAUUUUCUCGCCUAGAUAUUACCAUAUAUUUGGUUUUUCUUUCGUGAAUAUGUGAUCUAUGGUGUAUCAUUGUGUACAAAUAUACAUUAAAUUCCUCUUUAUAUCCUUGAGAAAAUACAAAUAAUGAUAAGAUAGUUAAUAGUGUGAUAUGGGUUAACACUGAUAUGAAAUAGUUAUGUUUUAGUUAGUUCAUUAUGAUGUUAUAUUUAUUUGUUGAUUUGCAAAUUGAAAAUAUUAAUAAAAACAUUUUUUUUUUCAAAAUGUUCAUAUUCUUAUCUCGUGUGGAAGAGUGGAUCGGUGCCCGUAUCUACGUUGUAUUGAUACACCUUGCCCGUAUCCAUACUUUAUUAUCUAUAGUAGGAACCCUAAAUCACAGAUAUAAAUAAUAAAUUAUUAUUAUCUAUAUCUGUGCCCUAACUUGUGUAAUACCAGAGUUGCCUCUGUUUGAAAAUUAUAUUAUCCUAGAUAAACAGUAUUAAAUAUUGUAUGCACUGUCUUGGAAUAAUAAUUGUGCAUGUCAGUUUCAGUUUUUUGUUUCGUGAUAAGUAUUCAAAUAAUUAUCUUGUAAACUGAACUUUUUUGCUAUAAUUGUUAUUAUUUUAGUUUUUUCGUUAUAAUUCAUUCAAAAAAUCAGAUUUUUUUUACCAUAAGACGUAAGUAAUAUUGUUUUUUAUCAUAUAAAAAACAAUAUAUAAUAUUUUUUUGAGAAUACCGACAUUACGACAUAUAGAAGUAAUAUUAUCAUAACUGUAAACUGUUCAAAGUAAUAUUACCUUAUUGAAAUUUCGUUCUCUUUAUUAUCUACAACCAAUAGCUACCCAACUAAGACAAAUUUCAUCAUAUUUAUAUUAUACAAUAUUUAAAAUAUUUAACAAUUCACAUUUGAUGAUAUAGUUUACCAAAAACAAUAGUAUUCUCAUUAUAUUUAGACUGUGAUGUAAACUAAUAUGAGAAAAUAAAUGUAUUUAUUAUAUCAUGUAAACCAGAUUAUAAUUCUUCUCUACAUCUCAUCGUGGAAAUGGAAUCAAAAAAUAUGACUGAUGAAUCACAAAAUGAUGCAUACAACUCUGAUGGUAAUCCUCCAAUAUCUACUGACAUGGACAUAAGUAUGGCCUUUAAGAAGAUUGCUUUAAAACAUCCAAUCAGAUAUACAGAACUCUGUGAUGUGGUGAAUAAGACUUUUGAAGACAUAAAUGAUAGCAUUAGGUAAGUAAAUACUAUGUACAAUAUUAACAAUAUUUAAUUUUUUUUUUCUCUUUGAAAGAAGAAAAUAAUAAUUAUUUACAAUGAGUAUUAAAAUUUUAGUAAAUGUCUAUAUAUAUUUUUUUUUUAGUUUUGAAGAAUUUAAAACUACUUUAAAAGAUUUAUCAUUUUUAAAAAACCGAAAAAAUGCAACAAACCUGUUGAAUGCAUUGAAAACACAAUUAAACUAUCUUAUGAACUAUCAUUUUCAAGAAAUUAUCAAAGAAGAAAAUGUUUAUGAAUUAUUUACUGAAAAAAAUGAGCUAGAUGAAGAAGAAGCAAAGUAUUUUAUUUUUUUCUAUUUUCAUUUUAUCUAGGUAAAUCAAUUUAUAAAAAUGUAUAAAUUAUUAAUUUGUUUUUUUUAUUUAAUAUUUAGCAAAUAUCUUGUUGAUAAUGAUUCGUUAGAACUAAUUGGAUUAGAAGAAUCUUUGAGUAAACUCGAUGUAGAAAUUAACGAGUUAGAAAAAAAUAAUGAAAUUUUGUUUAAUCAAGGAAUAUUUAAUAAGCAGCGUAUAAAUAAACUUGAGGAGAGAAUAUCAAAAUUAAUAAAUGAAAGUGAAACUAAAUAUAAGGAUUGUGAACAACAAACAGCCGUAAUACAAAAAGAGUUCUCAAAUAUGUGUUCAAAGAUCAGUAACUUUUUUUAUGAAGAAUAG